CCUGUUGUGGCUUAGAAGGAAAUAGGAUGUUUAGCAGAACUUGACUAAAGCAUACUGCGUGAAAAUAAAUGUAAAAAUACGUAAACUUAGCUAGAUGGAUGUCCCGCAGCAAGAAAACUCGAGCAGAGAGAUAUUACAGUAAAUGGCGGGUAUUUUCCCUGACAGGAAGUCAUCUUAACAGUUUAACUUCUCUGCCCCCAAGGAGGAAGCAUAUUUCAAAAUGCUCAGUGAGGACGAGCUGCUCGCCGGCAGAAUGAGAGAGACCAACUUGAGGAGUAAGGAUAAAAAAGGUCGACUCAGUCUUCUUCUGGCAAGGUCUGGAUCUCAUGAGAAUGUCAGUCCUGAAAAGAAACCAACAGCUAAAACCAACCACAUCACGCCAGACGUGGCUCUGAGAUGGGGUAAUUCAUUUGAGGAGCUGCUGAGUCACUCAGAUGGGGUGGAAGUCUUCACGCGGUUUCUGCGCACCGAAUUCAGCGAGGAAAACAUCGAGUUUUGGUUAGCCUGUGAAGAAUUCAAGAAUACUGAGUCUGCAACCAAACUGCAGUCUAAAGCCAAACAGAUACAUGCCAUUUUCAUCGAUAAGGAAGCACCCAAAGAGAUCAACAUCGACCACUCGACCAAGGCCACCAUUGAGAAGAACAUCCUGAAGCCAAACAGGUCCUGCUUUGAGGUAGCACAAAAUAAAAUCUACAGCUUAAUGAAAAGAGACUGCUACCCACGAUUCCUCACCUCCGACAUCUACUUGACCCUGACCAAGAGGGCAGGCCCGCCCACUAUGACCAGGAGAAGGUCCCGCUCCUUCGUUUUUAAUGAGCGUCCUGAAGGCACAGCCGCCUGGUUGUAAAUAUGUACUGUGAUGCUAGUUUUUUUUAAUCAUUGUCGAUAGCACUUGAUCGUGGGACGCGUCCUAGCUAUUUAUUAACAUUAGAUCCUGUGGGCUGGUAUUUAAAUACUAAUCAUCCUGUCGUGAUUGUCAAACGUUCAUGAGUUCGUGCAAAUCAUAAUUUAACCUACAUGUUUAGAAUGCCUAAACACUGUAAAUAACUGUUUAACGAUAGAUGUCUGUAUGAUAAACUGUACAUAUUUGUGGCCUACAGAGAACUGUAACAGCGACCGCUGUCGCGACACUCUUAAAGAGAGCAAAAACUUUGAAAAAUAAAAAGGUUUCUGAGGAAAAAGUGA